AUGGGUGGCAUUCUUUACCUUCUCGCGGGGAUCCUCGCCAUCUGCAGCCCUGUGGUCAGCAGUGUCCUCCUCCCUGGCCCAGACGACCAGCACCAGUACAAAAUCGCGGUCGCUGAUAUCGAGCUCAUCGAUACAAUGCGCAAGGACCCUCACAGCCAGGAUGAAGACCGCAAGAUCAUGGUCAGCUUGUUCAUGCCGGUACCGGUUGCGAAUUGCGCGAAAGAGGUCGAGCGCCCGUACAUGAGCUCUCCAGCUGCCAUCAUCGCCGAUUUCCAGAUGCUCGGUGACACUCCCGUUGGUGUCUUUGACAAGAUAGCGUACACAGUUUGUUCCAGUGGGAACUCUCCAAUCAACAUGUCCGACAUUCCCGUCGUCGUCCUCGAGCCACACACCGACACUAGCAGACUGCUUUACGCUAACCUGGCGCGGUACAUGACUGCCAAUAACGUCGCAGUUGUCUUGAUUGACCAUCCAUAUGAUUCUUCCGUCGUCGAGUUCCCAGACAAGUCAGUCGUGUACCAGAACGGCGCCACAGGUCUAUCCAACUACUCACCUCUUAUGGAAUGGAACUCAACCGUCGAAACUGCCGUGUCCAUCCGUAUCGCCGACAUUAAAUUUGCCCUCUCUCAGCUCGGAGACGCUAGCAAAGUCACCAAGAACUUUCCCGACUUCCAGUUCAGCGGCACCCUCAACACGACAGGCUACUCUGUCGUCGGCCAUGGCCUCGGCGGCACCGUUGCCACCUCCCUCAGCACCGAGGACCCUAACGUCAUUAUCUCCAUCAAUCUCUCCGGCUCAGCCCCGCCUUUGAACCAUACCUCCGCUGCGCCCAUUUUCUUCAUCGGCCGCUCCGACUUCCGCCGCAACAACGACAUCCUCUGGCCUUCAUUCUGGACGCACCUGACCGGGCCUGCCACAGAAUUCGACCUCGCCAACAGCGGCAUCAUGGACUUCACUGACUUGCCUAUCGUAGUUGAAGCCUCGAACCGACGGGGUUUGAAGGGCCACGGAGUAGGUGAAUCAGGCGCUGCCGGAAAUCACGCGAUCCAGUGCUUUGUGGAGGGCAUCCUGGCGGAUAACCUACACAACAAUGAUGGUGGAGUGAGGAAUUGCAUACACAUAUUUGGUGAUCGCAUGGCGCCUUACAUGCUGGGACGACCGAUGGAAGCUAUCGAUAAGCGCUCGAGCGCGAAGUCGAGGAGGUCCAACGUUGCUGCGGCUUGGAGGCAUACGAUGGAGAACUGGGGAUUCUUGUGA